GGUUGUUCCCCAUGUUAUAUCUGAGCCAGACACCUCUGUCAAUUUGGGCAUCGAGGCAGUGUUCACACCUUACAAUCUAACACUUAUGGUUGUGCCUCAGGUUCGAUAUGUCCUUGUUCCCAAGUUUGCACCCCAUUUGUUUGGUAAUAUGCCUGAGAAAAAGGAGCUGCAAUCCAACUUGUCUAACUCGCAAUUCAGACAAUUUAUUCCAUGCCACUGGAAGUUGUUUCAAUCACGGCUAGUUCAUCCAGAAAUCACACUCCUUCAAUUUCAUGGUAUUUGGCGAAAACAAUUUGAUCCUGGCAUCAACAAGAUGGAUGCUAGUGUUUCUAAACAGGAGUCUCCACACUCUUUUCCAUGUGCUUUUAUUAGAUAUUCAACACUUACUCUCCUUGGUUUAAUUUGGAAGCCUUUUGAUCCUGGUAUUUUGAGGCAACUGAAGUCCUUUAUCGUGAUGUGAACUCGAGGUCGAGUUCUUUACAAGAAGAGGAGACUGAUGUAGGAGCUUUUUAAGAUAAUUUUAGUAUUUUAGUAAUUUUACUUAUUUGUAAUUAGGAUCUUUUAGGAUCUUAAUUAUUUUUUUUAAGAACUUAUUUAUUUUCAAUUAGGAUCUUUUAUUUUCAAUUAGGAUCUUUUAGGAUAUUAUUUAUUUUUCUAUUAAGAUAUUUUCUUUUCCUAUUUAAGCACUUGUAAGGCAUAACCUAUUGAGUUUUUGAUUGAUAAUAAAAUUUAAGAGUUUUCUCUUCUUCUCUGGUGGAUUCCAGUGUAUUUUCUAGGGUUUUAGCGCUUGCUAAUUUCCUUUCUGGUGGAUUCCAGAAACCUUUUCCUUAGGAUUUGCGCUUGCAAUCCUAGUACGACUUCCGCU